CCGGGCGGCGAGGCGCGGGCGCGGGCGCUGCUCGGGCCGGGCGCGCUGGGCCUCGGUCCCCGGCCGCCCCCCGGUCCCGGGCCGCCCUACGCUCUGGGCUGCGGCGGCGCGACGCGCUGGUACCCGCGGGCGCACGGCGGCUACGGAGGCGGCCUCAGUCCUGACACCAGUGACCGGGACUCACCGGAGACGAGCGAGGAGAUGGGCCGCGCUGAGGGCACCUGGCAGCGGGGCCCCGGGCCGGGAGCGGUGCAGCGGGAGGCGGCGGAGCUGGCGGCGCGGGGCCCGGCGGCCGGCGUGGAGGAGGCGGCGGAGCUGGCCGAGACCCAGGCGGCGGCGGGGGAGGCGCGCGGCGGCCUGGGCGUGGGCCGCAAGAAGAAGACGCGCACGGUCUUCUCGCGCAGCCAGGUCUUCCAGCUCGAGUCCACCUUCGACCUGAAGCGCUACCUGAGCAGCGCCGAGCGCGCCGGCCUCGCCGCCUCCUUGCAGCUCACCGAGACGCAGGUCAAGAUCUGGUUCCAGAACCGCCGCAACAAGUGGAAGCGGCAGCUGGCGGCCGAGCUGGAGGCGGCCAGCCUGUCCCCGCCGGGCGCGCAGCGUCUCGUGCGCGUGCCGGUGCUGUACCACGAGAGCCCGCCGGCCGCGGCCGCCCCCGGAGCCCCCGCCGCCCUGCCCUUCUCGCUGGCGCCGGCCGCGCCUGCGCCGCCCCCACCGCUGCUCGGCUUCUCCGGGGCCCUCGCCUACCCGCUGGCCGCCUUCCCGGCCGCCGCCUCCGUGCCCUUUCUGCGGGCGCAGAUGCCCGGCCUGGUGUGA